GGAAGCCUCACACUUGCUGCUUUUCCAUUCCAACUCAAUCACCAUUCCACUUCUACACUGCUGCUACGUCCACUUCAGCUCAUAUUUGAGAAAUGGCGGAGAAGGAUGAUGCUAUGGAGGCUCUCAAGAGAGAAGCAGUUGAUUUGGAAAAUAUACCGAUAGAAGAGGUGUUUGAGAAUCUGAGGUGCACGAAGGAGGGGCUUUCAACGGAGGAUGUUAACCGGAGGCUUGAAAUUUUUGGUCAAAACAAACUCGAGGAGAAGGAGGAGAGUAAGUUUCUGAAAUUUUUAGGAUUCAUGUGGAAUCCUCUUUCGUGGGUGAUGGAAGCUGCGGCAAUCAUGGCCAUCGCUCUCGCUAAUGGAGGAGGGAAGCCGCCGGAUUGGCAGGACUUCGUUGGGAUCAUUGUGCUUCUCGUGAUCAACUCGACCAUAAGUUUCGUAGAGGAGAAUAAUGCUGGUAAUGCUGCGGCCGCCCUCAUGGCAAGGCUUGCUCCCAAGGCAAAGGUUCUUAGAGACGGGCGCUGGAACGAGGAAGAUGCUGCUAUUCUUGUCCCUGGUGAUGUAGUUAGUAUAAAGCUGGGGGAUAUUAUUCCAGCUGAUGCUCGUCUCCUUGACGGUGAUCCUCUCAAGAUAGACCAGUCUGCUUUAACUGGGGAGUCCCUGCCCGUGACGAAAGGCCCUGGAGAUGGUGUGUACUCAGGGUCUACUGUCAAACAAGGUGAGAUUGAGGCUGUGGUGAUUGCAACUGGUGUCCAUACCUUCUUUGGCAAAGCUGCUCAUCUCGUAGACUCUACUAAUCAAGUCGGUCAUUUUCAGAAGGUGUUGACCGCAAUUGGAAACUUCUGCAUAUGUUCUAUUGCGGUCGGAAUGAUCAUUGAGAUCAUUGUAAUGUAUCCUAUUCAACACCGACCUUAUCGUCCUGGAAUUGAUAACCUACUUGUGCUUCUCAUUGGAGGGAUCCCCAUUGCGAUGCCUACAGUGUUAUCUGUUACAAUGGCGAUUGGUUCACACCGUUUGUCCCAGCAGGGAGCUAUCACUAAGAGAAUGACAGCAAUUGAAGAAAUGGCUGGAAUGGAUGUCCUCUGCAGUGACAAAACUGGAACGUUGACACUGAACAAACUAUCUGUUGACAAAAACAUUAUCGAGGUCUUCACUAAAGGCGUGGAUCCAGAUACUGUUGUUUUAAUGGCUGCCAGAGCCUCUCGGUUGGAAAACCAAGAUGCUAUUGAUGCUGCAAUAGUGGGAAUGUUGGCUGACCCUAAGGAGGCAAGGGCUGGUAUUCAAGAGGUUCAUUUCUUACCAUUCAAUCCGACUGACAAGCGUACAGCUUUGACUUACAUCGAUAACGAAGGAAAAAUGCACAGAGUCAGUAAAGGUGCUCCUGAACAGAUACUAAACCUGGCAUACAAUAGAUCUGAGAUUGAGCGAAGAGUGCAUUCUGUCAUUGACAAAUUCGCAGAGCGUGGGCUACGAUCACUUGCUGUGGCAUACCAGGAAGUUCCCGAGGGGAGAAAGGAGAGUCCCGGAGGUCCAUGGAAGUUUAUAGGACUCCUGCCUCUGUUUGAUCCUCCUAGGCAUGACAGUGCAGAGACUAUUAGAAGGGCUCUGAAUUUAGGUGUAAAUGUUAAAAUGAUUACUGGUGAUCAGCUAGCAAUAGGAAAGGAAACAGGACGCCGUUUGGGAAUGGGAACAAACAUGUACCCUUCUUCUGCUUUAUUAGGAAAUGACAAAGAUGAGUCUAUCGUUGCUUUGCCGGUUGAUGAGUUGAUUGAAAAGGCUGACGGUUUCGCUGGUGUUUUCCCCGAGCACAAGUAUGAAAUUGUCAAGCGUCUACAAGCUCGGAAGCACAUAUGUGGGAUGACUGGUGAUGGUGUGAAUGAUGCCCCAGCACUUAAGAAGGCUGAUAUUGGGAUCGCUGUAGCUGAUGCAACUGACGCUGCUCGAAGCGCAUCAGAUAUUGUACUUACAGAACCUGGUCUAAGUGUUAUAAUCAGUGCUGUGCUCACCAGUCGAGCUAUCUUCCAGAGGAUGAAAAAUUACACUAUCUACGCAGUUUCCAUCACAAUCCGUAUUGUGCUUGGCUUUAUGUUACUUGCUCUCAUAUGGAAAUUUGACUUCCCGCCAUUUAUGGUUCUGAUCAUAGCGAUAUUAAAUGAUGGUACCAUCAUGACAAUAUCGAAGGAUAGGGUGAAACCGUCUCCUUUACCGGACAGCUGGAAACUAGCCGAGAUAUUCACAACUGGAAUUGUUCUAGGUGGCUACUUAGCAAUGAUGACAGUGAUCUUCUUCUGGGCAGUUUAUGAUACAGACUUUUUUCCAAGGACUUUUGGAGUCUCGUCGCUUGAGGUACCAGUCAAUCGUGUCAUGGGACCUGACUUGAAAAAGAAGCUUGCCUCAGCUAUAUACUUGCAAGUGAGUAUAGUUAGCCAGGCCCUCAUCUUUGUGACAAGAUCCCGAAGCUGGUCUUUUAUCGAGCGCCCGGGACUUCUACUCGUGGGGGCUUUCCUCAUUGCUCAGCUUAUUGCGACUCUGAUCGCGGUUUAUGCAAACUGGAACUUCGCUGAGAUCGAGGGUAUAGGGUGGGGUUGGGCCGGCGUGAUAUGGCUCUACAAUAUCGUGUUCUACUUCCCACUGGAUUUGAUCAAGUUCUUCAUCCGAUAUGCUCUAAGUGGAAGGGCUUGGGAUCUUGUGAUUGAGCAAAGGAUUGCAUUCACUAGGAAGAAGGAUUUUGGAAAGGAAGACCGCGAACUUAAGUGGGCGCAGGCGCAGAGGACCCUGCAUGGGCUCCAUCCGCCACAGACGGAAUUCAGCGAACGCAGCAAUCACACAGAACUCAACCGGAUAGCUGAAGAGGCGAAGCGACGAGCUGAGAUGGCAAGGCUGAGAGAGCUGCAUACACUGAAAGGGCAUGUUGAGUCAGUGAUAAAGAUGAAGAAUCUGGACAUUGACACGAUUCAACAAUCUUACACGGUUUGAGUUUGAUGGAAACAAUCAAUCAACAAUGGAGGUCACUAUCAACUUUUGUCCCUCUCUUUAGAGGAGUUGGGAAAAGCAGCAUUUUGGAGUCAUAGUUAUAUACCUGAUUUUGUUGUGUGUAUAUGUUAUUCAGCUGCUGGUGAAAAGUUCGCUGUAUUUACGAUUUAGGUAUUAGAACGCGAAUUUCUAAAUAAUCGGCUACUUCUUUCUACA